AUGAAAAUUGCUAUUGCAUUGCUGGCCUGUUUGGGUCUGGUCGCUGCGGCCAGCUUCCAUCAGACGCACGAGGUGAAGAUCGCUGACAAAGCCUUCCUAGCCAAACAGAAGUUUUUGUUUGAGAUCGUCUACCGUGUGGAGGAUCCUUUGAUGUUUGAAGAGUAUAUCAAGAAGGGCGAUAAGUUCUACUUCGAUGAGUCCUACUAUACUCACUAUGACAUCUACAUGAAGAAGUUCUAUGAAGCUUACAAGGCGCAUUCGCUGCUGCCCAAGGGCGAGUUCUUCGGCCAGCUAGUCAAGGCUCACGCCAAGCAGGCACGCGGUCUUUUCAACUUCUUCUACUAUGCCAAGGACUUCGAGACAUUCUUCCACAACGUGUGCUGGGCACGCAUGCAUGUCAAUGAAGGCAUGUUUGUCUAUGCUCUGACUCUGGCCGUCAUCCACCGUCAGGACUUCCAUGGCCUGAUGCUGCCCUCCAUCUACGAGAUCUUCCCACAGUUCUUCUUCAACAGCAAGUUUGUUUACGAGGCCGAGAAAUUCGACUAUGAAAUGUGGACCAAGAUGAACAUGUACGAGAAGGAGUAUAUGGAUGUCUACUACAAGGAUCACAAACACUCCCACAUGUAUCAGACCAGCGAUUACAUGUACAUGAAGGACUGGAAGAUGUGGCAAUGGUGGAAGCUGAUGGGUUUGGGCGAACACUUUUACAGCGAGAACAAGUUCAUCCUCCGUGAGAACAUCUACGAGUUUAACCAGGACACCAAGUGGCAACAGAUGAUGAAGGAUCUGCAGGUCUGGUGGAUGCCAGUCGACUACAGUCGCGAUCUUAAUAUGUACAACGAGGAAUCCAAGCUGUCCUACUUUACCGAGGAUUUGGGCUGGAACGCAUACUGGUACUACCUGAACUUGGACUACUCCUUCUUCCUGGAUGGCAACACCUUUGGACUGAAGAACGAUCGUCGUGGUGAGCUGUGGCUGUACACCGUCCACCAACUGCUCUCCCGCUACUACAUGGAGCGCCUGUCUCAUGGCUAUGGCGAAAUUCCUGAAUUCUCAUGGUACAGCCAGAUCGAGAUGGGUUACGAUCCUCAACUGAUCUACUACAACGGCAUUGGCUACAGCUUCCGCAAGAACUACUACGAGUUGGAGACCUACGGCAACUUCGAGAUGCUCGACAAGAUCACCGGUUUCAUGAAGCGUGUACACGACAUUGUUGACAUGGGCUACUACAAGACCGCCGAUGGACACAUGAUCGAUUUGCGCAAGCCCGAAUCCAUUGAAUACAUUGGCAGCGUUAUGCAGGGCAAUGUUGACAGCAUGGACAAGAUGUUCUAUCAAUUCUGGUACAUGUUUGCCCAUAUGUACUUCGCCGAUGCCGACUACUACCAGAUGGAGGUCUACCCCAACGUGAUGCUCAACUUCGAGACAAUGAUGCGUGAUCCUAUGUACUACAUGUUCUACAAGUCGAUCGCCCAGAUCUACUUCAAGUUCAUGCACUACCUGCCCAAAUACACCAAGGAGCAAUUGAUGAUGCCCGGCGUCGCUCUGAAGCAUGUGGAAGUCACCGAGCUGGUCACCUACUUCGAUCUGGUUGACUUUGAUGUGACCAACCUGAUGAACGACAAAAUGGUCUUCCAUGAUGGCAAGUUUGUCUGGGAUAAGUCGCUAUACGCUCGCCAGAUGCGUCUCAACCACAAGCCAUUCACCUACACCUACACUGUUGAGUCCGACAAGCCCGAGAAGGUUGUUCUGCGCGCAUUCAUUGGACCCAAAUUCGACGAAUUCGGCCGCAUCAUUUCGCUCACAGAGAACCGCAUGAACUUCAUGGAAAUCGAUGAGUUCUACUACGAACUGAAGGCUGGCACCAACAUGAUCACCCGCAAGUCCAACGACUUCUACUGGACCGUCAAGGACCGCACCAGCUACAGCGAACUCUACUACUACGUAAUGAUGGCCUUCGAUGGCAAAUACGAUUUCCCUCUGGACAUCAGCGAGGCCCACUGCGGCUUCCCAGACCGUCUCAUCUUGCCCAUGGGCUGGAAGAAGGGCAUGCCCAUGCAAAUGUUCUUCAUGGUUAUGCCAUACAACGCACCCACUAAACACGAACAGUUCUCAACCUUUGACUACACCUACUCUUGCGGCAUUGGAUCCGGCGCUCGCUUCAUCGAUGAUAUGCCAUUCGGAUAUCCCUUCGAUCGCGAGAUCGAUGAGUACGAAUUCUACGUGCCCAACAUGUACUUCAAGGAUGUCCCCAUCUACCACGUCGACAGCAUGGAGCAGUACUACAAGUACAAGGGCUACACCAGCUACGGUCAAUUCGACUACACUUUCUUCCAUGACUACUACACCAAGUACUUCAAGUUUUAAGUGGAACGAUAGACGACAUAACGAGACACUUUUGAUGACAGCGACCGAAUUCAUAUGUGGAAAUGAUUGCAAAUGUUAGAUUGUAAGCUGAGCAAAAAGUGAAAUAAACUUUCGAA